AGUCGAGUCACCGUGACGAGAGAUUUAAUGCCAGAUUCUCCUUCAGCCACUUUUCGCACGAUGUGCAAUCUGGAUGCAGGCUUCCCGCUUCCACAAACUUUCCCCCAUUGCAACAAUAGUGUUUCCGAGCAAUGAUGACAUGAUGAUAUGAUAAAGUAAGCACAAAGCAUCGAUCCGAGAAACCCGCAAAUACAAGUGCCGAAAUCCAUAAGAACAAACCAAUAAUCAUGUGGUGGCCUCGUAUCAACCUUGUCCUUUUGGCAGUAGGAGCCUUUUCAUCCAACCUUGACCAGGCUGACGCAAGCAAUCCCACCAUCCAAUAUGAGUCUUUGCCAACGUGCAAUCUAACAACCAAACAGCUGGGUGAAGCUGAUCCCUCUGCCAUCAUUGAGCCAUGCAUUCUAUACGAUGUCUUCCCUUCCAAUAAUAUCACAGAAGCACAACACAACCAUAGCAGUGUUAUCACUGUGGUCGGGGUGUUUCCUUCCGGUUGCCUCGAAAAUCGUGAUGGUGCUUUUAUUGCCGUGGAGAAACUAAAUAGGGACAACCAUGGCAAAGGAGCAAAGAUUGGAUAUAAUGGUGACCAUUAUCUUCAGUUCCGGUUAGUUGUAGCCAUUUCUGGAAACUACCAACAACUGCCACCUGAAGUCUAUGCCAGAACUCACGGGGACCUUCUCGAGUCAAUGGUUGUGUCACUCAAGCCUCAGUAUAUUCUGGGAUCAUGCUCUUAUGUGGCAAAAUACGACAAGAAGAUCGCUGGCAAGCGCCAAACAAUUGUAUUGAGCCAGGUAGGUCCAGACAUUUUCUACACCCAAGAUUCCAAUGACUAUGUCUUUGGUGUACAUAUCCGAAGUGAAACUUAUGGGCUACCAGCAUUUCAAGCACUAAAGUUUAGUGUGGAGGACAGGACCAAGCAGAAGAUUCGAAUCCUACAUCGUGACAGGUCUGAGUUUUUUAACUCUACUUGUCAGGAGAUCUACAAGCAUGCACUACAGGAUGGAUUCACUGAUUCUGUUGCAAUCUCAUACAACCCUGAGGGUGACCAUGAUGAUAAUGGGGUGCAAAAUCAGCAGGACGUGGCUUUCCUGAGAGCUCUAGCAGAUGAUGUUUGCCCCCCAAAUCAGACAAAUAGUGAUGAUGGUCCACAAGUUGCCAUCUGGGUAUGUGUCCAGACUGACCUUGAAACCAACACAAUCUUGGACCGUUGGAAGGAGAAUGGAUGUCAGCCAUCAUCUUUGUGGCUCACAACGGCUGCCUGGGCUUACACUGAUAGAUUUCCAGAAAAUAUGCCCCACAUACAAACAGGUGGCCAAUGGCACAAGGCGAUGAUUUAUUCUGAUGAGUAUUUUGCAAGUGGGCAGGCCAUGCUCAAAUAUCUUGCUGCACGCUUUAACUAUCCUCCACAUUAUGGUGCUGUGGGGGCAUACCAUGCAAUCUACCUCAUGUACAAAAACACAGCAAGUUUUGUGAAAACAAAGGAUUUCCCCAAUGUCAAUGAUAUCUACCAAACUCAGUACGAAGAAGUUCGCCGCCACCUGUUGGGAUUGAGUGUCCGUCACUCGCUCUAUGGGCUGUCCAGUUUUGAUGAGAACCAAAGAAACAUUGGAAGGGGAUCAGCUGGCAUGCAAUGGGGGAUUCCUUUUGGAUCAUCAACAAACACGACUGAAAUGGAGCUGCUCUUAGUUUCACCUGUAGACCAAGCUGAAGUUGCAGUUCUGGUGCCAGCACCCACAGCUUUGGAUUGUCCAGCUGGUCAUUAUGUGAAUCAAUCAGUAAUCGCCAAUGAGAGAUCAAUACUAACAGACAAGUGCAGUCCCUGCCCUGUUGAUAGUUACCGAAGGGUGGGGAUGUCAUCAUAUGAGUGCCAACCCUGCAAAGAUGGGUCCGGGACUGAUGCUUUCAUGGGUGCUGCAAUAUGCCAUCAGGUGGAAGACAAUCUAAUUCCGAGAGGGCUGUUGGCUUUUGGAUACUGCAUCAUGUUGCUGUCAUUGUGUUGUUCCCUUGGCUUUGCAGUUUGGACUGUUAUUCAUCGCCAUGAUGCUGUGGUCAAAAUUGGUCAAAUUGAGUUCCUUCUCUUGAUCUGUCUGGGUUCAAUGAUAUCAAGUUCUUCUAUCAUCCCACUCUCCUUCCAAGCUGGGACAAACGACAACACAAGCGCUGCAUCUGCUGCUUGUGUAACGAUUCCAUGGCUAUUCAGCACAGGAUGGAUCACCCAGUAUGCCAGCUUGUUUGCCAAAUCCUACAGAAUGUUUCAGAUGGUGCAAAAUUCCACGGCAAUGCGGCGUACUAGUGUGACAGCAUGGGAUGUGGCCUAUGUGGUUCUUGGGUGUUUGGUAAUCAACUGGGCUGUGUUGACUGCAUGGACUGUGGUUGAUCCACUUGCUUGGGUUCGCUAUGAUCUAGGGACAACUGUGGAUGAAGAAGCUGGGUUCUUGACAACGGAGUCUGUUGGAGGAUGCUCAUCCGACAACGUGGGAGCCUGGAUUGGAUCCUUGUUGAGUUUUCACCUGACCAUUAUGAUUGCUAGCAAUAUUCUGCUGUGGCAACUUCGUGGGGUGAGAGACCGCUACCAAGAAUCCAAAUACAUCACCCUGGCUUCCUUGUUUGCCUGUGAGUUUCUGUUGCUAGGGGUUCCCAUUUUGAUUGCGGUCGGGGACUCCUCCAAGGCCCGUCAUAUUGCUCUUGUCUGCAUUAUUGGGUUGACAGAUCUUGGAGUUCUCUUGUUUGUUUUCGUCCCCAAGAUCAGAUAUCAACAGAAGGGACUACCUGAUGGCAUGACAGUAGGAACCAGCAUCAUGAAGUCAAGUGCAAAUCAUGGAGUUUCUGUUCGGCGAGGAAGCAGCCACAUGUAUGGAGAAUCAACCACAAGAAGGCCAGUGGGUUUAACAGAAGAAAUGGGGCUGGAACUAGACCCUGCAUUGCAAGAAGAAGGAGAACAAAACCACAAUUAUGAUGAGUUAGAUCUGCGGUAGGGGUAGUGGAACAUAAACAUCAAUGAUGUGAGAUCCAGGGGCCCAAAGCAUGACUCAGCUUUUUGACACUCAUGACCGCUCCAGUCUGCAGUCACAAUCGCUGCUGACCUGCAAAAAACUACUUGUCUCACCCACUUCCUUUAUUAAACUCGUGGUACUGCCACUCCACCUCCUCCGCCACCUCAACGACGAAGGGGUAGACCAUGUACUAUAGAUACUUGUAUGUUGUUGUUAUGAUAUAGUAGAGUUGCUCAGCACCACCC